GAUAUUAUUGAAAAAGUCCAAUUAAGUAAACUCCCAGAAUAUGUUCAAAUGACAGAAAAGAAAGGAUAUGUGAUGAGACAAUAGUUUAUUUCGAAAGAUUUAAUGCCUCUUUUAAAAUAGUGUUUUUGUGGCUAAUAUGUAAAUCCAGAUUAGGUACUUGUGCUUUGUACUUCAUGUGAAAAGCCUUUUCAUGCUGAAUGUCUAAUAAAAUAAUUUGAUCAAGGAAAUGCUAAUUGUGAUUCUUGUAGAGAAAUGUUCUCUAAUCACUAAAUUACUGAACGUAUUAAAGAUGCAUUGUAGACCAGAUCAUCUACUAUUGUCAUUUAAACAAAUUAAUAAAAAACACAUGAAUAAAGAGCUAUUUAAAUUGAAGAAGAGGAAGAAGAAGAAUAAUUAGAUAGAAAUGAAAGAAGAAUAGAUUUAGAGAAAAUUGUUAAAAAAAUCAAAACAAAAGAUGGUCAAAUUUAAUCUAAAGUAUAAAUAGUAAAAUAAGAUUCAAAUACAAAUGGAAAUUCUAGAGAAAAGAAUUAUACACAUGAUAUUACUAUUCCAUAAGCUAAUCCACCUGAAUAAUAGAAACAAUAAUCUUAACCAUUUAAAAAUAUAUCACCUUAAGCUGUUGAAAAAAUGAAAAGUUGGGUUGAGAGAUAUAGAUAAAUGGAAUCAAAUGCAUCAAGUUUUGAUAAGAAAAGAUAAGAAGUAAGAGAAAAAUUCUUUUCAGUUAUUUUUUAUGGUGUAGAAGAAUUAAAAGAUAUGUAUGAAAAAGAUCCUAAUUCUAUUACAUAAUUAGAAAAAGAUAUUAUUAGUAAUCCAGACACUGUCUUAUUUUAAUAUAUUAAAAAUUUGGCAUUAGACAUAGAAGUUUAUACACAUAUUAAAUUUAAUACAUAAUAUAAAACAAAAUUAGAACCUUUAUAUGUUGAUAGAUGCAAACUAAUAUAUUUACAUAUGAAAGAUGAUAAAAAUUUAGAAUUGAGAAGAAAAGUUAUUUCUAAAGAAUUUUAAGCUUAAGAUUUAAGUACUAGAGAUGAAAGAGAUCUAUAUAAUCCUGAAAAAAGAAAAUAAACUUAAGAAAUAGCUAUGAGAGUAAUUGAACUUAAUUAAAAAGAUAAGGAUGAAGAAUAAAAAAUUAUUAAAGAUAUUGAAGAAGUAUCAUUUUCUAGAAAUGUAAAUAUUUAUUAAUUAUAAAUAUAGUAAUCAAUUAAUGAAGAGGUUUAAAUAAUUACUUAAAAGAAGGAUGGACAUUCAACUAAAAAUCUUUUAAAAGAAAAAAUGAUGGAAUAUUCAGUUGAAAAGUCCAUAAUAAGAUUUAAAAAAAGAAUUGCAGAUGAACUUAAUGAUAAGGAACGUUUAUAAAUAUUAGCCAGUUUAGAAUAGUAUCAACUACAUUAAUGA